UAAUGCAGAAACAGCUGUCAAAUAUUCCGCAGUACCGAAAUCUUAGGUUGUUUUGUGUUUACUGUAUUUUUUUUUAAAGUCUGAAGAGAUUGUUCGAAACCUCGACUCACUGAUAAGGGGAAAAACGCUGCUCAAAUACUCUAAACCUUCCCUUAUUUGAACAAAAUCGCACAUGGUAAAUUGUAAUCAGGGCGUUCCGUACGGUUUGAAAUAGACCGUUUUUUAUAUAAAAAAGGAAAUCUUAUGGCUGGAAUCGAAGGAUAUUUUGGACCCAAUAUGAUCGACGAAGACUACGAAGAAUUCUGCUUGAAAAGGCAACCUAAGAGGCCCAACAAUAUCGAAUUGAGGAAGUUCCACCUUCAGCCCGUUGCACAAAUGCCCGUCACUCCACACAUCGAUGAAGAUACCACAAUACAAAAAUAUGUCGGGAUCGGUGUGAGCCUAGCUACUUUAUUAGCUGAGAAUCUUCUAAGCCAUCCUUUUGUUGUUCUUAGAAGACAGUGUCAGGUGAACCACAAUUCAUAUAAAUACCACUUAGUCCCAGUGACCUUAGUACCGAUUAUAAUGCACUUGCAUCAAAGGCAAGGGAUAACAACACUUUGGAAAGGAGUAGGGAGUGUGUUACUAGUCAGAGGGAUGACUCUUGCAAUUGAAGACCUGUUGAGCAAAGUUACAACUUGGCCUAAGGAAAUUUCAUGGGGACAUGGUUCUGUUAAAGCCGCCAGUCAGCAUAUACUUCUCAAAUGCGUUACAUUUUGUAUCAUAACUCCAUUUUAUUCAGCAAGUUUAGUAGAAACUGUUCAAAGCGAUAUCGCUAGUGAGAAACCAGGGAUGUUUGAUGUAUUUAGGGAAGGGGCCUACCGUCUUGUCAGCUUUGGCUCUCCUCAAAAAGGGCGAAUGUUGCCAGUAUGGACCUUAGUUAUUCCUACUGUGAUGUAUGGCCUUCUUAAAUAUUUGUUUGGUUCAGUCAUUAAAAACGUAUCGUCAUCUAUAAUGCACAUUAACUAUCGCCAUGAACACCAGAAAAAGGGUGCUUAUCCAAAGGACUGGCUAAAUUCUUCUAUACUGCAAGAAAUAGAAGUAACAGCGCAACUUAUAUCUCUAAUUGCAGCUGAUGUUGUAUUUUAUCCUUUGGAAACAAUUUUACACAGGCUGCAUCUUCAAGGCACUAGGACUAUAAUAGACAAUUUAGAUACUGGAUUUUCAGUAACGCCAAUCCUGACAGCGUACGAAGGCACUCUUGACUGUUAUGACACUACGCUUUCUCAGGAAGGUGGUGUCGGCUUGUUCAAAGGGUUUGGUGCACUUAUACUGCAGUUCACGGCCCACUAUGCUGUACUGAAACUAACCAAAUUUAUUCUCACACAAGUGACAAUUUUGAUUAAGUCGACAAACCAACCUCCCCAAACUAAUUUUCCUGUCCAAGUGACCACCCCUGUGUCUCAUAGUCAAGAUUUGAUCAGGACACCGAUUAGGUAAUUUUACAAACACUAACAGUACCUAUUCUAUUCCACCGUUGAGCAAAGUGUAUGAGUUUAAUCUGUACGUAUUUGUACUAAAUUUGGUAGGGGAGGUUUUGUAGGCAAGUUGAUUUUAUUUAAAUGGUUUUAUUCUCAAUUUGUAAAUUAAUGUAUAUUUUGUAAAUGAUUUAACUUAUUUCAUGUCAUUUAAUUUUUAUUGUAUCAUUAAUUUUUAUUUCUUCUGUUGAAACCUAAAAAAAUUGUUUUUGUUAUACACAACAACGGAAAGUUACCACCUGAUGUUUAGAGGUGUUUGUUUGUUAUUUAAACCUGUUCGAUUCUUUACUUUUAUUCCUAAAUUAUUUCCAAUUAAAGAUUUCUUUGUUUGUGGACAAAUAAUUACUACAUACAGUACAUGUCAAAUAAAUUUUGUUUACUUCA